AUGUGGGUGGGUGGAGGUGGACGAGGAGGUGGACAUGGAGGUGGACAUGGAGGUGGACAAGGAGGUGGUGGAGCCCCCCCAGGACUAGGGAGGAGCCAGGUCCAGCUG